AAUCUCUAUCUUCACACAUAUAUAUAUUCUUUCAAAACUUAGAUAUAUUAUUAGUACUAGUUGAUUAGAUGGUAAUGGCUUCAUCUAGUGGUGGUGUGCCUCCUGGAUUCCGGUUCCACCCGACCGAUGAAGAGCUGCUUCAUUACUACUUGAAGAAGAAGGUUUCAUUUCAGAAGUUUGACAUGGAGGUUAUCAGGGAGGUGGAUUUGAAUAAGAUGGAGCCUUGGGAAUUACAAGAGAGGUGUAGAAUUGGAUCAACUCCUCAAAAUGAGUGGUACUUUUUCAGUCACAAAGACAGAAAGUACCCAACAGGAUCAAGAACAAAUAGGGCUACAAAUGCAGGAUUCUGGAAAGCAACAGGAAGGGACAAGUGCAUUAGAAACAGCUACAAGAAGAUUGGUAUGAGAAAAACUCUUGUUUUCUAUAGAGGAAGAGCCCCCCAUGGCCAAAAGACUGACUGGAUCAUGCAUGAGUAUCGCCUCGAAGAUGCUGAUGAUCUUCAAUCAAACUCUCCUGAGGAUGGUUGGGUGGUAUGUAGAGUCUUCAAGAAGAAGAACCUGUUCAAGAUUAACAGUAAUAACAAUGAAGGAGCAGAAACGAGCAUCAAUUCUUCUGAUCAACAACUCAACACCUCAAACAACAUAAACUCUUUUCGCAACAAUAAUAAUAAUUUCAUGCACAGAGACAACCAAUUCAAUUUACUACGUCAAAACCAAACCCUAACAACUACACAUCAUCAUCCUGAACUUUCUCUUCACUACACUCACAUGCCUCCUACUCAGUAUUCUCUUUUCCAAUCCCAAAACUUAUUGCCAAAGCCUAUAGGCUAUGAUUACUCACCGGCUCUUGCUUCAAGCUCUCCGGUUAUGGCGGCAAAGCAAUUGAUGUCGAAUGGUAGAGACUGUGAAAGUGCAGGCAGUGAAAGUCUUAGGUACCCUGAGGCGGGGCUAGAGGUGGGUACUUGCGAGCCGAAUCAUCAUCAUCAUCAUCAACAACAGCAGAUGAAUCAUGACCAUUGGGCAAUGCUUGAUCGGAUUGUUACUUCCCAUGAUCUUGGAAAUGAUGAUUCUUCUAAAGCAGGAGGUGCUGUUAGGUUUGAAGAUGGAAAUGGAUCUUCAGUUCAUACAAUUAAUCAGCUUUCAUUGCGUGGAGAAAUGGACUUUUGGGGCUAUGGAAAAUAAUUAUUAUUUUAUA